CAACAUAUAAACAGGAUGCUUUAGUACAAGGCAGGUGUUGGGAGGACACUAUCCAAUGACAUCUCUCUGUAAAUUUUACUUCACCUUUUUACCCAACACUUAGGAGCUCCUCUAGUCUCCUAUAGCUAGUAAGAUCACAAAGAGAUCGCCAUGCAGUACUAUCUAUGCUGCCUGUUAGUGUUGUUGGCCUUGUUGGCAACCUGUGACGCGGAUUUUUAUUCCGCCACGUUUCGUCUGGAGAACCUGGCGAAGGUUGAACAGCGGAUGGUGGAGUCGUCUCGACGGUACAUCCAACAGGGAGGGGAGGUGCCCUCCGCGCUGCAGAGUCUGUGUGACAGCAUGUCACAUCCGGGAUACGGCGCCCCUGGCCGGAUGGUCCACAGUCCUGUGGGGGCGUACCUGCUGCUGAGGAGGUUUCACCGCGACUGGGCGGACAUCAUGGAGGAACUACCCAACCAUGCAGACGUGUUCGGUCAAGCCGAGUUGGAACAUUCCUUCCCGUCCGCUGCUGAUCUAGAAGGGUCUGCGCUUGCGCUACUGAGGCUUCAGGGCGUCUACAACUUGGACUUGCGGAGCCUGACGGAGGGAGAAGUCGUCAUGAACUGUGAGAGGAGUCAAACAUCUACAGACGACUCGGAAAGGUGUCAACCCGUCAACCUGUCACGCCUUACGGGGCAGCUCACAUCGCUACCGCUAGGUGUCUCUGAUGUCUUCUACAUCGGCAACGUGGCCCACAAGCGGGGCGAGUUUUACUACUCCGCGAUUUGGUUCAACUUGACCCUGACUCUGGUGACGCAAAGAACUCCAUCUGAAGGUGAUCCUGAAUUGCUACAAGUACUGGAAGCUCUCGGCGAUUCCUACAGUGAGGUGAGAACUCCCUGUUCUUCCGAAGAGGAUCUAAAACAAUUUGUCCUGGUCAGGAAUGUUGUGACUGGAUGGCUUCCCGACGAGGAAGACCCUGUCGUUGCAAAGUUGUCCCGCAGGGUGGCGCACAUUACAGGUCUGAACACCACAUUCCCGACAGGGGACAACUUCCAGGUGCUCAACUAUGGACUAGGUGGACAGUACGAGCCACAUUAUGACCAUCUUGACGAUGAAGUUUCUCGAACACUGGUGCAGGCAAACCGGAUCCUCACAUUUUUAUUCUACUUGAGUGAGGUUGAUGCUGGCGGUGCGACCGUUUUUACAGUGGCAAACAUAGCUGUUCCAGUAGUCAAAAACAGUGCGGUGAUGUUUGAGAACACUAACAAGGCGCUGGUUCGGUCCGGAGGUUCUGUCCAUGCGGGCUGCCCUGUUCUCAUUGGGUCCAAAUGGGUGACGAACAAAUGGAUACACGAGGUUGGCAAUGAACUUCAGCGUCCUUGUGGUCUCACUCCGGAGGAAUGA